AUGGGUAAGCUUCCUUCUUCUUUUAUUCUUCGUUCGGUUGUUAAUGUUGGAAGCCAUCUUUCUCAUUUCCACUCUUUUUCUUCUUCUUCUUCUUCUAACUCCAUUGCUACUCACAUCGAAUGCCUAACUAAGAAACCCAUGUCCAUGCCUGUUAGAGGAAAGGGAAAAACAGACCACCGCUUCGAUAAUGUUGAUCAUUCUUUGAGUUUGUUCAAUAAGAUGAUUGAAAAGUACCCUAAGCCUUCAAUUGUGGAAUUCAAUAAAUUAUUAGGAGCCAUUGUUAAGAUGAAACAUUAUGCCAUUGUUGUUUCUAAGUAUAGACAGAUAGAAUUAUUGGGAGUUUCCCAUGGUGUUUAUUCUAUGAACAUCUUGACUAAUUGCUUUUGUCAAUUAGGUCGAAUUGAUUUUGGGUUUUCUGUUUUGGGGAAAAUGCUGAACUUAGGUGUUGAGCCUGAUGUUGUAACUUUUUCAACUUUGAUUAAUGGGCUUUGUAAUCAAAGUAUGAUUUCUGAGGCCGUUUGUAUGUUCGAUGAAAUGACUGAAAAAGGGUAUCAACCUAAUUUGAUUGUUUACAGUACAAUGCUUAAGGUGUUGUGUAAAACCGGUAAUACUGGUAGAGCUGUUAGGUUUCUAAGGCUGAUGGAAAGCAGAGGUUAUGAACCCGAUAUUGUAGCAUAUAAUACCAUCCUUGACUGUCUUUGUAAGAACGGGUUGUUGAAGGAGGCUCUCGAUUUCUUCUCCGAAGUGAAGGUUAAAGGCAUUAGACCAGAUAUCUCUACUUACAAUUGCUUAAUUCAUGGUAUGUGUAAUUUGGGCCAGCAGGAGGAGGCAACAAGGCUUUUGAGUGAAAUGGUUGAUAACAAUAUUUCACUUGAUAUUGUCACGUAUAAUACAUUGGUUGAUGCUCUUUGCAAGGAAGGAACUAUUUCUAAAGCUGUAGAGACUGUUGACACAAUGAUAAAGCGAGGCAUUGAGCCUAAUGUUGUUACCUAUGGUGCAUUAGUUAAUGGUCAUUGCUUGCAGAAAGAAACGGAUAAAGCUAGAAGAGUUUUCAACUUGAUGAUUGAAAAGGGUUGUGCACCUUGUAUAGUUACUUACAACACCAUGAUCAAUGGAUAUUGCAAAUGUAAAAGGUUAGACGAAGCAAUGGAACUCUUUCAUGAAAUAUCUCGAAAGGGACCAAUCCCGGAUACUGUCACAUACAGCACUCUUAUGCAGAGUAUGUUUCAGUUAGGGAAAGUUUCAACUGCAUGUGAACUUUUUAGAAAGAUGCUUGCUUCUGGACAAGUUCCAAAUAUAGUGACCUGUUUGAUUUUGCUGGAUGGUUUAUGCAAAACAGGUCAUAUCAAAGAGGCAUUGAAACUUUUUCAAGCAAUGCAAAACAGUGGGUUGGAACUUGAUAUUGUCCCGUAUACUAUCCUAAUUGAUGGGUUUUGUAACGCUGGGCAUAUCGAAGUUGCCAAGGAAUUAUUUCAUCAACUCUCAAACAAUGGUUUAAAACCCAAUGUUUACACAUAUUGUGUAAUGAUUAGUAGACUGUGUAAAGAGGGAUUGCCAGAUGAAGCAUACAGGUUAUUUGGGAGCAUGGGAGAUAAUGACUGUUUGCCUAAUAGCUGCUGUUAUAAUGUAAUGAUUCGGGGGUUCCUUCUCAACAGCUAUACCUCAAAGGCAACACAACUUCUUACGGAAAUGGUUGGUAAGGGCUUUUCUGCAGAUAUAUUCACUGCCACCUUAUUUAUGGAGCUUAUCAUAUACUCUAAAAAAUCAAUCUUGCUCUGA